CUUAACUUUAAGAUUUAAUGAAUUAGGUAUUUCAUGUACAAGUUUUAGUUACUGAUCAAGUGUUGGAAUUUGACAUUCUCUCUCUAUUUUGGUCAGGAUGGUGACUGAUAAAGAACCAAUAUAUAAAAUGCUGGUUAUAAAUAUCAGUCAUCAGAUGAUUGACAACAUUAGUGGCCUCCCACUCUUUUCAUUAUUGACUUUUCUUAAAAUUUGGUGUGAUCCCAGUAUUUUUUUUUCUUGCAAUGUCUCUGUGCUGACUUUCUUUCUAGAGAAAAUUCCCAAAGUUUUAUGUAUUAUACCAAAAAUUUAUCAAGGUCAACUUACUUUAGUUGACUGCCAAUUAUAAUACCCCAAUGAUUGGAGGUGCCAAAAGAGUAGUUGGGGAUGGGGCAAAAUAAUUGAAUUGUCUGGCUAGGCUUGCUUUAUCCGUAGUCUUCACAUUUUCAACUUAUCUGGCAAAGCUCAGAAUCUAGGAAGCAAAAGUGAGAGGAUGAUUUAUUAUUUCCCGUUGUUCAAAGAAAUAGUCGAGCAUGAAAAAUAACUUAGUGAAUGUAAUCAAAGAAAACUUUUCAAAAAGAAUACAAGAGAGGAAAACUGUUUCCUUUUGUCUUCUCUGAAGUAUGGGUAUCAGGUAUUUGUACUUGGAAAGAAUAUAAAGCAUGAGCUAACUGGAAAUGAAGCGUUCAGUAUGAUGUCGUUUUCCUGUUGAAUUGAGGGUUAUGCUUUUAUAUUUGUCCAUACAUACAGGAUGCCGCUGGGCCUUGACUGACUUCAGUUUCACUAUUUGAAGCACCAUGAAAUUCGGAUCAAGGAAAGGAUGGAAGUCGGUGAUGCCUUUCCGCUUGAGAAGCAAAUCAACACCCCGUUUUUGUUUAUUUCCGAAAACAAAAUCAGCUGGUCAAGCUCCAGGCAAUACACCAGUUUAUCUUAACGUGUAUGACUUGACACCCACGAAUGGCUAUGUCUAUUGGGCUGGCCUCGGUAUCUUUCAUUCUGGUGUGGAAGUUCAUGGUGUAGAGUAUGCAUUUGGAGCUCAUGACUAUCCUUCUAGUGGCGUCUUUGAGGUUGAACCACGGCAAUGCCCUGGUUUCAAGUUUAGGAAGUCGAUAUUUAUUGGGACUACAUGUUUGGACCCUGUCCAGGUAAGGGAAUUCAUGGAAUGUCAAGCUGCAAGCUACAACGGUGAUACAUAUCACUUAAUUAUCAAGAAUUGCAACCAUUUCUGCAAGGAUAUUUGCUACAAACUGACAGGAAAGCCGAUCCCAAAAUGGGUAAAUCGACUGGCAAAAUUAGGUUCAAUCUUCAACUGUCUACUGCCAGAAGCGCUCAAAAUUUCUGCUGUGCAACAUGACCUUAAUGAUCAAGCGUACAAUAGUGAAAGAAGAAGGCUGCGAAGUGCCUUCAGUUGCUUGUCUUCGAUCUCAACAAGGCAGAGGCAGUUGUCAACAUCUUCUAUGUUUCUACAGUCACCCUUAAAAGGCUGCUUUCCACCAUGGGAAUUGAGACGCUCAAACAAUGGGUCGUUGAAGGAAAGGUAAGAUUGAAGAGGGACUUCACAUAUCAUGUUUCCUUGAAAUCUUCCUGGCAAGGACUGUUGGGAAGUUUUUUAAUGGGUUAGGUGAGCAAGCCACAUAAGCUUUAGGAAGGGGAAUGUUUGUAAAAUGAUGUUGUUCCAAUAGGUUUCUCUCUCUCUCUCUCUUUCUCAGUGAUUCUUUGUGAGGAUGUCAAAAAUCUAUCCGCCAAGCAGUUGUAGGCGGUUUUUUUAGGCCUCUUAACUUCUGCAUAUGGAGCAUUCAGUUUAAAGCUUGUGUGUGUCUGAUCUAGUAUUCCUUCACAGCCACUAGCCAAAAG